AUGGAAAAGCUCGGGUUGUCCGGAAAACUGCCCUCUUUUGGACGGGCUACUCACAAUGCAGCCCCAAAUAUGAGUGGUGUUGAUAUGACACCACGUCAAUUGGCCGUAGCCAACUGUCCAAAUAACGCAUACGCUCUGGUAAAUGUUGCAGCCGUCUCGGCCUCUGACUUCCCGGAAAACAUUUACGUUUCGGUGAAUAACUUGUUCAUAUUCACCACGAAGCACUCAAAUGACAUAGCACCAGGCGUUAUUGGACUCAACGGUAACCAGAGAACAUGGGGUGGGUGGUCACUAAACCAAUCGGUUCAGGUGAAGCCCUUCGACCUCUUCAAGUACAGCGGAAAGCAACCGUAUCUAGGAACUCUUGACGUGGAAAUCAAUUUCAGAUCUAGAGGCAAAGCUGUGGAUACGCAAUUUGAUCAAGACGAUCUUGCCAAGCAGUUUUUGAAAAACUUCGAAUCUCAGAUCCUGUCCCCCACCCAAUGUCUGAUUUUCGAGUUCAAGGGCCAUAUUUUUGAUCUCAAGGUCAAGGGAAUUCAGACCAUCGAUUUGGGCGACGUAGAGAUGGUGACGCCUGUCUCCACCAAUAUCCAGGCCAAAGGCAUACUGAUCAAACAAACGCAGAUCAAUUUUUACAAGGGAAGAGACGGCUUGGUGAAUCUAAAGUCUAGCAACUCACUAAGACCAAGAUCCGACGCGGUCAUAAGACCUGACUUCAAAUUCGAGGAUUUGGGAGUCGGUGGUCUUGACAAAGAGUUUACAAAGAUUUUCAGACGUGCGUUUGCCAGUAGAAUUUUCCCACCCUCUGUUAUAGAGAAGCUUGGUAUAUCGCAUGUUAAGGGGCUUUUGCUCCACGGACCUCCAGGAACAGGUAAAACUUUGAUUGCAAGAAAAAUUGGGACGAUGUUGAAUGCAAGAGAACCAAAAAUUGUCAAUGGGCCUGAAAUCUUGAGCAAAUACGUGGGGUCUUCGGAAGAGAAUAUUCGUAACUUGUUCAAGGAUGCAGAAGUGGAAUACAAAGCCAAAGGUGAGGAGUCAUCGCUACAUAUCAUUAUUUUCGAUGAACUGGACUCCGUAUUCAAGCAAAGAGGGUCUCGCGGUGAUGGAACCGGAGUCGGUGACAAUGUUGUCAACCAGCUCCUGGCUAAAAUGGAUGGUGUUGACCAACUUAACAACAUUCUCGUUAUCGGUAUGACCAAUCGUCGCGAUCUAAUCGACUCGGCAUUGCUGCGUCCCGGGCGUUUUGAAGUGCAGGUCGAGAUUCAAUUGCCAGACGAGCAGGGAAGGCUGCAGAUUUUGGAAAUUCAGACCAAAAAAAUGCGGGAAAACAAUAUGAUGGCCCCGGAUGUAGACCUGAAGGAGCUUGCAGCACUCACCAAAAACUUUUCUGGUGCCGAAAUCGAAGGUUUGGUCAAGAGUGCAAGUUCAUUUGCCAUCAACAAGACGGUAAACAUUGGUAAGGGCAGCACGAAGCUCAAUCCCAAAGAUAUUGCAGCAAUGAAGGUUACGAUGCAGGAAUUUCUGAGUGCAUUGGAAGAUGUGACUCCUGCAUUUGGGAUAAACGAGGAGGACUUGAAGACGUGCGUCGAAGGUGGCAUUAUUCGGUAUUCGCCUCGGGUUGACGAGAUUUUAAAAAAUGGUGCUAGAUAUGUUCGUCAAGUUCGGGAAAGUGACAAAUCCAGAUUGGUAUCCCUUUUGGUGCACGGCCCGGCCGGUUCCGGUAAGACUGCGCUUUCUGCAGCCAUAGCCCUCAGGUCCGAAUUCCCCUUCAUCCGCUUGAUCUCUGCAGAUGAGAUGGCCGGUAUGUCUGAAAGUGCGAAGAUAUCCUACAUUGACAAUACAUUUAGAGACGCCUAUAAGUCUCCUUUGAAUAUUCUUGUUGUUGACUCACUCGAGACGCUUGUGGACUGGGUGCCAAUUGGGCCCCGUUUUUCAAACAACAUUUUGCAAACUUUGAAAGUGUAUCUGAAGCGUAAGCCGCCUAGUGACCGCAGACUGCUAAUCAUAUCUACCACGUCUGCCUAUUCCGUUUUGCAGCAGAUGGACGUGCUAAGCUGUUUCGACAAUGAGAUUGCUGUUCCUAACAUCACCAACCUGGACGAGUUCAACAACGUCAUGAUAGAGUCAGAAUUUUUGGAUGAUGCUGGAAGGGUUAAAGUCAUCAACGAGUUCGCAAGGCUCAACAUACAAUUCAACGUGGGUAUAAAGAAGGCUUUAACAAAUAUAGAGACCGCACGUUUCGACGACGACCCCGAAAGCGAGAUUGUCGAGUUGAUGGCACAGUCCGUUUGA